AAUGCAGGAGGCCCCUGCAGGUGGGGGACCUGGGGGACAGGCAGAGGCAGACAGAGACUGCGGGGACAGGUGCAGAGGUGGCACCUGAGACCUGGCACAACAGCAAACUCAGGGGAGCCUGCAAAGAACAAGACCAACUCCAAGGAGAGUUGUGAGGGCAAAGGAGCAGCCAGGGCACCGCCAAUGUGGCCGGGAGCGGGGCCCACACGCAGGGGCAGAGCUGGGACGGAGGCUCUCAUUUCCUCACCCAGCACUUCUUCUAAGCAAGACAUGAGCGGGCUGAGACAGGAGGAAAGAAGUCCUUGGGUUCUUUGAGUUUGAGUUCAGUUUUGUCUGAGGCACCCUGGAGUCUGGGAGGAAAAUGCAGCUUCCAGAAAGGGCCUGGGGAUUCUGAACAGGAGGGCCUGGCUGCAGACCGAGCUCUCCAGAUGCCUCCGACCCCAGAGCAGCCCUCUGGGCACAUGGAGGGGCCCCCUGCAUCAGAGGCCUCCUCAUGGCCCCCGCUGCCCUGCGGGCCCUGUGUCCCCAUCAUGCUGGCCCUGGCCGCCCUGGCUGCUGUCUUCCUCCUGACCACAGCCGUGUUGGCCGAACGCCUGUUCCGCCGCUCCCUCCGCCCAGACCCCAGCAUCUGCGCACCCACCCUGGUCUGGCGCCCGGGAGGAGAGCUAUGGAUUGAGCCCACGGGCACCCCCCGAGAGCGCUCCGAGGAUUGGUAUGGCUCCGCGGUCCCCCUGCUGAUGGACCGGGCCCCAGACCCACCCACCCAGGGGGGCGCCUUGGAGGCACGAGUGACAGCCCCACCUGCCCCUUCAGCCCCAUGCUCCCCUCCCAGCUCCUUGGUCCCCCAGACCCCACCAAACGCCCCAACCCGUAGCACCUUCUGGAGGCCCCAGGUCUGGGAGGAGAGGCCCCACACCCCAGGCCUGGUGAGCUGGGCUGAGCCCGAACAGAGGCCAGAGGCCAGUGCAUAUCCAGGGAGCCCCCAGGCCCGGAGGCUGCGGCCAGGAAGCCCCGAUCCUGAGUGGGGCCUCCAGCCUCGGGUCACCCUGGAGCAGAUCUCAGCUUUCUGGAGGCGUGAAGCCCGGACCAGCGUGAGUUUCUGAAUCCCCAGGGCCUGGAGGACUGGCCUCCCAGAGACCCCUGGGGGAGGCCCAACCUCAGAGGGAUCCUAAGACCCUGAGGCUCCUGAGAACCUGAGCUGACAGCUGAGGCCCUGGGAAAGAAUGCCCCUCCCAAGCCUUUAACUUCUGGGUUUCGGUUCCCCUGGAUCUGGGCCUGGGCAACCUGGGUGUGGACAGAGCCUGCGCUGCGGGGCAAGCUCAGAGGUGCCUUUGCUUAUCUGCCCGGGGCGGUGGCUUAGAGAACUGGAGUUGAGGCCACCUCUGGGCCAGAAACUGCCAAGAUCACAUUCCAGAUUAAGAACUCAAGGUACCAGACAGACAGGAAAUAGCAUCAACGCCGCGGCUCCCACCCUCCUUCAGUGUGUACCUAAGAUGCUGACAUUGGAGUGAGGGUCCCGAGGAUGCUGAAGAACAGAGUGUGGUGAUGACAAGUGUCAGCCGUGCUAGCAGGAGAUGACAGGAAUUCAGCUUCCCAGAGCCACAUCAUCCCUCCAGAAAAGCACAUACAGAGAGGUCAAGGUCAGGCAAAAGAGCAUCUUAUUACAUAUAAACUGUGGCUUUGACCCCCACCUCGCAACAAGAGGCCAUCUCUUGCCUGCACCUGGGACCCGGAGUCGCAAAAGGCCGGUGGGCAGCAUGUCCUCUUGAGGCCGCCGCAUCUCAGCCCUCUGGAUCUUACCCUUCCACGGUGAGGGAAGCCCAAGCCAAGGAGAUCUGAGUUUGAUCCGGUGUGGAAAGGAACAUUCUCCCAGAACGUGGCCCCUGGCCGUCUUCCCUCCCAGCUUCUUGGAGUGGUCCAGAGAGACAGAGUUGCCCCAAGACAGGCUUACUUAUGAUGCUCCACCCCACAAAAAUGGAGCCCCAAUAUCUGUAUCAGCUGACCUCCCCUCUGGGUGCAGAGCCAGGUGUUGGGGGGAGGCGAAGGAGUUUCCAUUCGCUGGGCUCUGACUUCUCAAACCUCAGUCCUGAAUGUUAGGAUUUUGCCAUGUCAGUUACCACCUGUACUUUAUAUUUUUCUUUAAAUUGGUUUACCAUUUGCUUAAUAAAUUCAUUUUACAAGGAA